AGGAAGACAGACUGGGGCUGGAUCGGCCCGGGAAUCGGAGAGCUAUUGGGGAGGUGUCUUGAGAGAGAGAAAAAAACAUUGUGAUUACGGGACCUCAAAGCAGGUUUUCUUUUUUCCCCCCCUCAGCUCCUGCCUUCCUAUUCCCCCCCCCCCCUUGCCGAAGACGGGGGGGGCGUGUUAGAGUGGGGCGCGGAGCGGCUGAGUCAGUGGUUGGGAAGGGCUAGCCCCCACCAGCAGACAAAGGCCAGCGGACUCCCACAGCACAAAGGGAACGAUGAGCAUGCUUAAACCCAGCGGGCUGAAGGCUCCCAGCAAGAUCACCAAGCCCGCCGGUGCCGCCACCAAAACUGCCUCCGCCCCAGCCAAGCAGGCCUCCGCAGACAAGUCUGCUCCGGGGCCAGGCCCGUCCGAGGUGCAGGAGGACGUCGCGGGUGAUUUUCACGUCGGGGAGCGGGUUUGGGUCAAUGGAAACAAGCCCGGUUUCAUCCAGUUCCUGGGAGAGACCCAGUUCGCCCCGGGACAGUGGGCGGGGAUCGUGCUAGACGAGCCCAUCGGGAAGAACGAUGGCUCGGUGGCCGGGGUGCGGUACUUCCAGUGUGAUGCCCUGCGGGGCAUCUUCACCCGCCCGUCCAAGCUCUCCCGCAGCGCGGGCGCGGGGGCGGAGGGGGAGGGGGAGGCCAACGGCACGCAGACGGCCCCGCCGUCCCGCGCCACCUCGCCCACCCCCACCUCCACCUCCGCCAGCCUGCUGACNNNNCCCGCCACCCCUCCCGCCCCUCCCAAGACCCCCAGCGCCGCCACACCCACCACGCCGGGCGCCCUGACCCGCGCCGCCAGCGAGUCCAUCUCGAACCUGUCCGAGGCCGGCUCCGUGAAGAAGGGCGAGCGGGAGCUGAGGAUCGGGGAUCGCGUGCUGGUUGGGGGCACCAAGGCGGGGGUGGUGCGCUUCCUGGGAGAGACCGACUUCGCCAAGGGGGAGUGGUGCGGGGUGGAGCUCGACGAGCCCCUGGGCAAGAAUGACGGCGCUGUGGCCGGAACCAGGUACUUUCAGUGCCAGCCGAAGUACGGGUUGUUUGCGCCCGUGCACAAAGUCACCAGGAUUGGCUUUCCCUCCACGACGCCGGCCAAGUCCAAGACCACGGUGCGCAAGGUGGUGGCCACGCCGUCGGCCCUGAAGCGCAGCCCCAGCGCCUCCUCCAUCAGCUCCCUGAGCUCGGUGGCCUCCUCGGUGAGCGGGAAGCCCAGCCGCACCGGCCUGCUGACGGAGACGUCCUCGCGCUACGCCAGGAAGAUCUCGGGCACCACGGCGCUGCAGGAGGCCCUGAAGGAGAAGCAGCAGCACAUCGAGCAGCUCCUGGCGGAGCGCGACGUGGAGAGGGCCGAGGUCGCCAAGGCAACCAGCCACGUGGGGGAGAUCGAGCAAGAGCUCGCGCUGCUCAGGGACGGCCACGAGCAGUAUGUACUGGAGAUGGAGGCCAAGAUGGACCAGCUGCGCACACUGGUGGAGGCUGCAGAUAAGGACAAGGUGGAGCUGCUCAACCAGCUGGAGGAGGAGAAGAGGAAAGUGGAAGACCUGCAGUUUCGUGUGGAGGAGGCUUGUAUUACCAAAGGUGACCUGGAGACGCAGACCAAACUGGAGCAUGCCCGCAUUAAGGAGCUUGAACAGAGCCUGCUCUUUGAAAAGACCAAAGCUGACAAACUCCAGAGAGAGUUAGAAGACACUAGGGUAGCCACCGUUUCGGAGAAGUCCCGAAUUAUGGAACUGGAGAAAGACCUGGCACUGCGCGUGAAAGAGGUGGCAGACCUUCGGCACAGACUAGAAACCUCCCAAGGGUCGGGAGACACGGACUCGACCACUCCGUUGCUGGAGGAGCUGAGCUCAAUGAGAGACCAGCUAGCCUCAGUGAGCAAAGAUCACCAAAGUGAACUGAAAGCCUUGAAAGAGAAACUUGAAAGCUCGGAGAAGGGGCAUCAGCAAGGGAUGUCCAUGUUGAAGGCAACUGUCGAGAAGCUCUCCAAAGAGAACGAGGUGCUGAAGACCAAAUUGAGCCACGCGGACAAGGAGAACUCGGAUGUCAUUGAGCUCUGGCGCUCAAAGCUGGAGUCUGCCAUUGCCUCCCAUCAGCAAGCUAUGGAGGAGCUGAAGGUGUCCUUCAGUAAGGGGGCAGGAGCUCAGUCGGCUGAACUAGUAGAGCUGAAAAGUUCCCUGGAGAAGAUCAAGCUGGGUCACAAGACUGAGCUUGAGAACAUCGGAGUCAAGCGCGAUUUGGAGAAGGUGGCAUGGCUCAAGGAAGUUGAGGACCUGAAGGCCAAGCUGCUGGAGGUGACGGAGGAGAAGGAGAAACUGGUCGAGAACCUCAAGACCAACCUGGAGACUGUGGAGGAGCAGCAUCUGGUGGAGAUGGAAGAUGUCCUGAGCAAGUUGCACAACACCGAGCUGAAGGUAAAGGAGCUGGAGGAGCUGGAGAACGUGGCCAGCGAGAAGGGCAAGCUCAUCGAUAGCCUGAAGGAGCAGGUCAGGCAGGCCGAGGAGCAGCUGACCGCUCUGGAGUCCUUGCGGAAAGCACAGGCUGAAGGUAAUGAGGAGCUCCAGAGACUGAAAGCCAAGCUGGGGACAGCAGACGCCCAGUCAAUCUCUCAGGGCAACAAGGUCAGUGAAUUGGCCAGAGAGCUGGAUGGGAAAACACAGCAGGUCUCUUCUCUAGAGCAUAGCCUGGCUACCCUCAGCCAGGAUAAGAGCUCUCUGGAGCAGCAGCUGGAGAGCCUGAAACAAAAGCUCGAUGGAGCCUCAGAUGAUCAGAAUAAAGUUCAACGCGUUAUGCAAGAAACACUUGAGAAACUCAAACAAAAAGAAGAGCAGUGCUUGUCCUUGUCUGCGGACGCAGAGACUAUAAGGAGCCAGCUUGCAGCAAUGGAAAGGAAAGCCAAGGCAAGUGAUGAGAGACUGGAGCAACUGGCCCAGGACAAAGCGAAGCUGGAGGGCGACAUUUCAGAUAUGAUGAAGUCAUCGGGGGACAGCUCUGCCCAGCUCACCAAAAUGAACGACGAGCUCACUCAGAAAGAAAGGAGGCUGGAGGAGCAGCAGAAGCUACUUGGGGAGGCCAGCGAGAAGGCGGCGCGGGCCGAAGAGAGUCUGCAGCUGGCCCAGGCCCGCGCCGAGCAGGCCCGCCAGGAGAGCGAGGAGAAACAUCGGGCUGGACUGCAGGCUCUGCAGGAGAGGCUGGCAGAGCUGGAGAAGGAUGUUGCCAAUAGCCAGGCUCGGAGCAAGGAGCUGCAGGCCUCUCACGAGAAGACACUGAAGGAAGAAACCGACAAACACGAGCAAGCACUGAAGGAGCUGCUGCACAAACAAGAGCAGGCCGAGCAGGCCCUGCGCAGUUCCCUGGACAAGAACAGAGAAAUGGAGACCCUAAUUGCUGAGCUCCGGCAGCAUAAGGAAAAGGCCAUGUCUCUAACUGCUGAGCUAGCAUCCGCCCAAGGGCUGACUGAACGGUUAACUGGGGAAGUGAGAGAACUAGAAUUGAUGAAAGACCAGCACUUGAAGGAAAUAGAGGCGCUCCAUGCUCAGAAUGAGAUGUUGCAGGAGAAGGCUUUGGAUCUAGAGCUAAGGUUGUCCUCCAUGGAGGAGAAAGACCAAGAUCUGUCCUUGAAACUUGAGGAAUUACUGCUCCUAAACAACCAGCUUCUAAAGGAAAAGGAAGAGCUGUCCUCCCGAAACCAACAGUUAGAUCAUGAAAGAGGAAGGGUGUCCUUGGAUAAUGAGAAGCUUUCUCAAGCUGUGGAAGACCUGAGAGCAGACAUUGAGAAAACCACAACAGAAAACAAGAACCUCAGGAUCUCGGAGCUGGAGCUGACGGCCAAUGUGGAGGAACUUCGGAAAUGCAAUAAUGAGAGGGAACAAGAUCUUCUGAAGUACCAAAAGGAGAUUCAGCUUCAGGAGUCAGUGAAGAAACAGCUGAUGGAGGAUUACGACAUAUUGUACCAGGAGAGAGACAAUGCCGUGGAUGAGCUCAGGCAGAGCCGUGAGGAAAUGACGACGGAGCGCGAGAAGCUGGUUGCAGAAAGAGACAUGGCAAGAAGUGAGAAGUACUCCCUGGACAUUGCUCACUCUGAGCUACAAACCAAAUGUGUCUCAUUAACCAGAGAGAGGGAAGAACUUAGUGUCACAAAUUCCCAGCUGCUCAUGGACAAAGAGAUUCUGGAGAAAGAGAAAGCAGUGCUCCUUUCCCAACUUCAUACGAUUAUCUCUGAUAAAGACGCCCUUUUAGCAGAAAAGGAGGAGCUUAAGAGUCAUCUGAGUAUUGCCAGAAAGGACUUGGACAAGUCUGUGCACGAUAAUCGUGAGCUGCAAGCCUCCAAAGAUAGCCUGGCUAAGCUCCUAGAAGAAAUUAAGACCAGCAGAGAAGUGACAGACUCUGAGCGUCUUCAUCUCCUUCAGGAGAAAGAGGACUUGCUGGCAGCUCAGAGGAGAGUGAGUGCAGAGAAGGAGCAGCUCCUGAAGGAGAGGGAGGAGACUGCUGAGAUGCUCCACCUGUCUUCCCAAGAGUCUUUGGUCGCUAAAGAGAAGUUCCAACAGGAGAUUGCAACAUUGACCAAAGAGAAGGAGUCCCUCUCUCAAAAGCUCACAAAGCUUGAGAGGGAAUUCCACUUCUUGCAGCAACAAAAAGAGGCACUGGAAUCCAAAGCGCUACAGCAGGAGACUGACAAAAAGUCCUUCCUGAAAGAGAAAGAAGACCUGGAGGAGAAGCAUGAGAGAGAGCUUUCUGAGAAGGCAACAUUGGCUCAGGAGAAGGACCAGCUUCUAGAGGAUAUCAGGAGAUUGAAAAGUGAGAUUGAAGAAUCUGCCAAGGAGAGUGCCAGUUUACAGGCUGCAAAAGCUAGUCUGUCCUCUUUGCUGCAAGAGAUUAGUCAAGGCAAGGAGACGUUGGAGGCUGAGAAAGCAUCGCUUCAGCAGGAGAAAGAGGAGCUGCUCGUUCGUCUUCAGAGGGAGCGGUCUGACAAGGAAACCCUACUAAAAGAUAAGGCUGAUCUGGAAGUUAGGUCUCAAAAACUGGAGGAGGAAACUAGAUGUGCAAAGGAGCAACUGACACAAGAAAGGAAUAAGCUUAAACUAGAAAUAGACGCCAAGGCUGCCAACAAUUCAGAGCUGCAGAAUAGCCUGCGACUGUUACACCAAGAGAAAGAAGAUCUCCUCAUUCAGGAGAAACACCUCCGUGCUGAGAAGGAGUCCCUUUUCCAGGCAAAGGAACAUCUUGAAUCCCAGCAGAAGACCAGUGAUGAGGAAAGACGUGGCCUUGAAGCUGAAAAGGAGACCCUGCUUACCAAGAUUGAGGAGCUGGAGAAACAUUUUGCCACCUUGGCCAAAGAAAAGUCGGAGCUCCUACAGUCAGAGUCAAGGCUAAAGGAAGACUUGGAGUGUCUGCGUAGUAACCAAGAGAUCACAGACUCCGAGCGCUCCAGAUUAUUUAUGGAAAUGGAAGUGCUGCGGGCAUCUCACACCACACUUCUCUCUGAAAUCGAGACUCUUCUUCACGAGAAAGCCUGUUUAGAAGAGACGCAUAAGAAUCUUUGCGAAGAAUCAUCUGCCACUGCUAAAGAAAAAGCAGAAAUCGCUGCCAGUCUGAAGGAAGUGCAGUCUGAGAAAGAAACCCUACAUAGAGAGAAGGAGGAGCUGAAAUCUCUGCAAAAGCAGCGUGAGGACCGAGAACAAGAGCUUGUAGCAGAAAAGGGAGGCCUGGUGUCUAGGGUGGAGGAGUUAGAGAAAGAAUUGACCUCCUUAGCAAGAGAAAAGGCCGAACUUGUAGUCUCCGCAUCCAUCCUGAAGAAAGACUUGGAGUGUCUCAGGAGAGACCAAGAGAACACGGAUUCAGAGCGCUCCAGGCUGCUAAUGGAGAAAGAAGGACUCCGGGCUGCUCACGAAACACUGCUCUCUGAGAAUGAGGCUCUUUGUAAUGAGAAGACAAUAUUCGAGCAGAAGCAGAAGGCCCUCAGCGAAGAAGCUGCAGCUUCUGCUAAAGCCUAUGAAGAAAUGUCUGCUAGCUUGAAAGCUCUGGAGAGUGAGAGAGAGGCCUUGCUAAGAGAGAGAAGCGAAACCAUCCUGAAAUUCUCAGAACUAGAAGCUCUUCACAAAAAUGCUUUGUCAGAGCGGCUUGAGGCUGCUCAAACAGCCAAACAGGAGGCUGAGUCCCUGCAGCAGGAGAAGGCGGAGGCUCUCGGCGCCCUGGGGGAGAGCAGGAAGACCAUUCAGGACCUGCAGCAGCAGCUUGAUGCUUUGCAACAACAGAACUCAGAAUUUCAGGAGGAGCUCAACCUGUCCAAAGAGCAACUCGGCUCGGAGAACAAGAGGAUAGGGAGUCUCUGCAAAGAGAUCGAGGAGCUGAAGCUGGCGGCCAGUCAGAAGUCACAGCGCCUGGCCGCUCUGCAAGACGAGAACGCCCAGCUGACCGAGGAGCUGGGCCGCAGCCGAGAGGAGGUCAGCAGUCACCAGAAGCUGGAAGAAGAGCGAUCUGCCCUCAACAAUCAGCUCCUAGAGAUGAAAAAGAGAGAGGCUUUGACAAAGAAAGGAUGCGAUGAAGAGAAAGCUUCCUUGCAGAACACCAUCCAAAAAACUAGUGCCUUGAUCUUGGAGAAGGACAAAGAGCUGGAGACACUCAGAAAUGAGGUUGCCGUUUUGAGAGGGGAGAAGCUCAUGGCCAAGACUCUGCAGUCCACAGUCCAAUCUCUGGAGACGGACAAGGCCAAACUGCAGGAGACGGUCCAGAGUCUGGAGGAGAAACUCGCCCACAACAAGAGCUCAGUGGAGAGUGGGGGCUCCUCAGGUGAUGCUGCACUUGAGCAGCUCAGAGAAGAGAAGGAGUCGGCGGAGAGCCAGGACAUGAUUGAUUUCCUCAAUUCUGUAAUCAUUGAUCUUCAGAAGAAGAAUGAAGAACUAAAGGCCAAACUGGAGAAAAUGGCUGAGGCAGCACUCAAUGGGAAUAAUCCCAGCGAGCUGGACAACUACGACAGUCUGAAAGAAAGCCAGUCGAAGAAGAAGCCGGCCCCUCGCCUCUUCUGCGACAUCUGCGACUGCUUCGACCUGCACGACACCGAGGACUGCCCCACGCAGGCCCAGCUGCCCGACUCGCCGCCUCACACCGCCUACCACGGCAGCCGCACGGACGAGCGGCCCUACUGCGGCCUGUGCGAGGUGUUCGGCCACUGGACCAGCAACUGCAACGACGACGAGACCUUCUGACCCCCCGCCGUGGCCCUCCGGCCUCUCGUCCUUCCUCCCGUGCGAGAGCCCGGAUAAGCGCUGGGGUGCGUGGACCUGCGCGCGUGUUGCACACAGCUCCCCCUGCCCGCUCGCGGGGUCCGUUCUCUCCCCCUUUACAGCCACGCCGGGCCCAUGAGAAAGAUACCACCCUGCUAGCCUGGCCUUGAAGAGAAGCCCCCUCCCCUCUCUCCCCCAACUCCAGCUCCUUCAAUUCGGAAAGAAAACAACAAUUAAAACCGAACAAACCUUCGAGUUUUUCUUUUUUUUGAAACAAUUGGCACUGUCCUAUAAUAAUUCCAUUUUGUUUUUGUUUUUUGGGUUGAGUUUCGUUAUGGCUUGUGAGCGUUUGAGCUCGAUGUUGCUGAAAAUGUUUUUUUUUUCCUUCAAACAUUUACGGAAACAACAGUACUUGAAGGCGUGUCCUACAAAACUGGGCUGGGAAAGUGGAAUUGUAACGAUGCACGUUGCUGCUCUGGCUGUGUAACGUCCAGCAGUGACUUCAGCGACAUGCAGUACAAAAUUACAGGAGUGAGGAAACGACUCCUGAUCAGUUACCAUUAAGGAGGUGAAGUCCGGUUGUAAUAAACUAUUGCACUGCACACUUUAUACUACAGCUUCUCUUCCCGUUUUAAGUCCUUGGCUCCUUUUAAUCGCCGUCACAUAAUCGUGUUUAAAUUAUCAAGGCAUUUUUAAAUAUCAAGAAAGAAUAGAUUUACUGUCAAAUUAUUUAAUGUAUCGCCUUGUCUUUUUGUUUGGGGAAAUCUGUAUGUUUGGCAUCUGUAUAAAAAAAAAACAUAGAAUAAACAAAGACUUGUGGAUCAUAUUGUAUCUUCCAUUAUAACUGUAAAAUAUAUGUGGAAAAGAAAGCUUGACCUAUAUAAUUGUAAAUACCGGUUGUAUUUUUCUGAAAAAGUGUACGCUACAUGACACAAGGAAUAUGAAGAAUAUUUUUCCCUGUUACAAAGCUGGGGUUCAUUAUUGAAUGUAUAGUAAUAUAACUAUUGCAGGGAGAAAGGCACAUGUAAAGACAGUAUUACCCUAAUCACAGAGUGGGCUGUAUCUACUUUAAUAAAUGGUUAUAAUCUUUAA